AUGUGGACAAAUGUAUUCAAGAUUGGAGGUUUACAUCAGAUAUCGUGGUUUCAAUUUCUUCCCAACGAAUCAGACCUUAACUCGCUUUCAGAUAAGAGUGUGAAGUUUGACCCUCGAGAUGCUGCCACGUCAGCUAUACUGUCGGCAUUUCUACAGUUGCAGAAAGAAGGGUUUCUUAGUGCAUGGACUAAUUCUUUUGUUGGACCCUGGGAUCCAUCUCAGGGAUUGCACAAUCCUGAUGAGAAGAUCAAACUUUGGCUUUUCCUUCCUGGGAAUCAUUCUGCUGUUGUCGAGAAGGCUCAACCGGCUGUGUCCAAAUUAAGAGUGCUUGCAUCCGGACUUUGGGUGGCUCCGGGGGACUCAGAAGAGGUGGCGGCUGCAUUAUCCCAUGCCUUGAGGAAUUGUGUAGAAAGAGCACUCAAAGGGUUUUCAUUUAUGAGAUUUGGUGAUGUAUUUUCAAGACAUCGCCCAUCUUCCCAAUCUGAAGAACUUUACAGGAGAGGUCAGCCAGUGGCUGAAUUUGUCUUUGUUGCAACAGAGGAAGCCAUAUUUGUGCAUGCCGUAAUCUCUGCAAAGCAUAUUCGGGCACUUUCAAGCGGCGAUAUUGAAAUGGCGCUGCAACAAUCUUUUGAUUGCUUAAGUGAUAGGCUUCCAGUUAUUACUUCACCCCACGGAAUGCUUGGAAAGCUUACUGGAUGUUGUCCCAGUGAUCUUGUGAAACAAGUGUAUCUCAGUUCUGGCAAGUUUAAAGCAUCGAAUGAAGUUGUAGGUCUUCCAUAUGCUUCUCAUUACUCUGGUUGUCAACUGAGAGGGCAAAACUGCUAUGCUGAAAUUACCCUGGGGGGUCCGCUUUCUGAUGAUGCAAAGAAGCUGCAUAACGAUUCGAGUUCACAGAAGAAUUUACUGAGACAUAAUGGUAAUGAAUCUGUUGCACCAGAGACCAAACUCAGCCAGAAAGGAUUGCCAGAGACUUCAAAAAUGUUUAUUUACACGGCUGAAGCUGUGGUUGUUCCUGUGAUGCAAACAUCUUUUGCGAGGUCGUCUUUGAAGAGAUUCUGGCUGCAAAAUUGGAUUGGACCGUCACCGUUCACCUCAUCAUUCUUGACGCACUGGUUAGUCUAUAUUAACUUCCCUGUUUCUUGUAUUAGCUAUCAGCUAUUCAUUAACAUACCUAUCAGUUGUGAUUUCAGUGGCGAUGGUAUGACUGAUGCUAAAUAUGGUUCUCGGCUUGAUAUGAAUGGCUUUCGCUCUCAUCAUGGGUACCACAGUAGUAGCAAUAGCAACAACAGUAGUAUCAGCAGUAUAAGUGGCUCCUCUAGUGAUAGUGAUUACAAGACCUCUGGAGUGGCUGAUCUCGAUGCUGAUGCUGAUUCUUUAACAUGUCAACAUUCUGGUUUAUCUUCCAUCGACCAAUUACAUAAUGAUAGCCUGAAACCGGGUUCAAAGCGGGGUCGUUCGGGAAUAUCCGAGGCAUUUAAUCAAACAGGUGCAGUUACACAUCCAUGUUCAAGUGAUUUUGGUUCAGUUGAAGUUAAUAAUGCAACCAUUGCUGGAGGUUCAAGUGAUUCUGGUGGGUGGGGUUGGGAUGAUGACGACAGAGGUAUGAGCAUGGAUAUUCAGGCACUAGUGUCAGAGUUUGGAGAUUUUGGUGAUUUCUUUGAGAAUGAUGUUUUGCCUUUUGGAGAGCCACCAGGAACUGCAGAGUCACAAGCACCCCUUCUGUUUCCAGCCCAAGAUGUCGGAGAUGUAGGCAAUAGUCCAAGUACAUCAAUGAUGGACGUGCCAGAUCCAAUGCUUUUGCCAGUUACAUUUCCCCCUCUAGAAAGUUUUAGCUCACCAUCAGCUCCUCCUCCUGCUGCUGCAGAUGAUUCUCAAUACAAAAAUCAGAAUCUGGUGCAAAGCUUUACUGUUCCAGGUCAAGGUAGUAAUGCAGCAGCACAUACAAGUGGUGAAUUUGACCAUUUGAUAAAAGCUGAAGCUAUAAUGACAUUUGCGCCGGAGUAUGGAGCAGUGGAAACUUCUUCAGUUGAGAUGUCCUCAUCAAUUUUCAGAAGUCCGUAUGUUCCGAAAUCCCGGAAAGCAGAGACUGAAACUUCGAGCUCUAACAAUUAUAUAUACUCCGCAACACCUCCUUCCCCUUGUGUUGAUGACUCUGAUGCCAAGUCUGGUAUAACUGUAAAUAUGAGAGUAGCUUUAGGUAAACAAGACAGAAGUGCAAUUUCACAAUCAAAGAACUAUUACACUCAUGUUGAUGGCGUAAAGGAUAAACUUAGCAGAAAUUUAUCGACAUCCAAGACUGGAACUGGCACACAUGAACCUCGAGCACUUCUAUCUUCUAUUGGCUUUAAUUCAUUGGAUUCUGUUAAAUCUGUACAUACAAGGGGAAAUGAAGGUCAACCAAAAGCGGAGAGUUUUCUCCCAUCUUUGAAACCUAUCCUUGCGACAGAAGUUGAAUGUCUAAUGUGCCAAGCUUUUAUGUGUAGGACACGGCAUGUGAUAUUAUCUUCUAGCAGUCCUGUUCCUGCCAGCUUGAGUAGGUUGUCUGGGGGAAAUGUGGGAAAUAUGCUCUAUCAGCCUAGUGCUGAUUCAAGCAUUGUUAUGUCUGAUCACCUUUCGAGCAAAUCUGAUGUGAAGAAGAAAGAAACAAUUCCUGUUAGGAUAGCUGGUAGUGACUUGGAUGGUGGGCUUCUCGAUGGGCCUCUGAGUGCUCCAGUUGGGGUUUGGCGCUCUGUUCCAAAAGGGGCAAAAUCAACCAACCAUAACAUGGAGCUUAGCUCGUCACUUCCUCUCAAUACAUUUGUUGAGGAAAACAUUCUUUCUUAUGGUCUGCGGCAACCGUUGCAAGAACUUCUAGAUGGAUUGGCAUUAUUAGUGCAACAAGCUACGUCAUUUGUUGAUGUUGCUCUGGACUCUGAUUGUGGCGAUGGUGCUCACGGUUGGCUUGCAUUGCAAGAGCAGUUAAGGCGUGGAUUUUGUUGUGGACCUUCUAUGGUUCAUGCAGGAUGUGGGGGAGUUUUAUCUUCUUGCCAUGCUGUGGAUAUUGCUGGGGUGGAAUUAGUUGAUCCUCUAUCAGUUGAUGUUCAGCCUUCGUUUACAAUUGGUUUACUUCAAUCUGAUAUAAAAGCAGCACUGAAAUCUGCUUUUGGAACUUUGGAUGGUCCACUCUCGGUAAUUGAUUGGUGCAAAGGUCGCAGUGUGUCCUAUGAAGCAUGUUCCACUAGUGAUGGAUUUUAUGCUGAAUCAACAGCUAGUGCUAGCGAAUGCCGAGAUUCUUCAGGUAGCGUAAACCUCUCUAUGGGAGAGGCCAUUAGCACUUCUCAGUCUGGUAUAAAAGAUGGGAACCGAAUGGAUGAGACAAGUGAGAGGAGAUCAGUUCAAGAUGGUUCAUUGUUAGAGUCAGAGCAGCAAACAGGCUCAAGGCUUAGGCCUACAUUGGCAGUAGUUCCAUUUCCAUCUAUACUUGUUGGGUACCAAGAUGAUUGGCUGAAAACAUCUGCCAACUCUCUGCAAGUCUGGGAGAAAGCUCCUCUUGAACCAUAUGCUACGCAAAAACAUAUGUCGUACUAUGUUGUAUGCCCAGAUAUUGAAUCUCUCACCACUGCGACGGCUGAUUUUUUUCAACAACUUGGAACUGUUUAUGAGACGUGCAAACUGGGGACUCAUUCGCCUCACAAUUUGGGUAACGAAAUGGACGUGGACACCGGGAAGUCGUCAUCUUCUGGGUUUGUUCUACUUGAUUGUCCGCAAUCCAUGAAAAUUGAUAGCAGCAGCGGGUCGAUUCUAGGAUCAAUUAGUGAUUAUUUUCUCUCCCUGUCGAAUGGUUGGGAUUUGGAGAGCUUUUUGAAGUCACUUUCAAAAGUCCUCAAAACUUUGAAUAUGAGUUCAUGCUUGACCACAAACAUUAAAGAUGGGAAUAGUAGUCCAUUCACGGUAAUCUAUGUAGUAUGUCCCUUUCCAGAGCCUUUAGCAAUACUGCGAACCGUAGUUGAGGCAUCAAUUGCGCUUGGGUCUUCCAUUCUUUCUUCGGAUAAGGAAAAAAGAUCUAUGAUGCACAACCAGGUCGGGAAAGCCUUAAAUCACUCCGCCGCUGUGGACGAGGCAUUAUCCAAUGUCUUCACCAUUUCAGGAUUUAGUAUUCCUAAAUUGGUUUUACAGAUUGUCACGGUGGAUGCAAUUUUUAGGGUAACGAAUCCUCCUCUUAGUGAGCUUGUUGUUUUGAAGGAAAUUGCAUUUACAGUUUACAAUAAAGCUCGAAGAGUUUCACGUGGUGUUUCGGGGGAAUCAGUCCCAUCUUCCACAUCCUUAACUGGUAGAUCCCAUCCAGUUUCAAUGCAAAUGACAUCUUCAUUGCCUGGGAUGUGGAAAGAUUGUGUUGGUCCUCGGCUUUCUGGAUCUUCCCUCCAUAGAGAAAGCGAUCUUGAUGCCAGCUUGAGGUCCAAUACUUGGGACAGCUCUUGGCAAGCUAGGGCUGGUGGGCUGGGGUGUGAUCCAAGUCGAGCUGGUGAUUUUCUCAUUCAGGAUGAAGUUCGUUGUAUGUUUGAGCCGCUCUUCAUCCUUGCAGAACCUGGAAGUUUGGAACGUGGGGUUUCUCCUCUUUUCGGGAAUCUUUCUGGUGAAUCCUCGAAAGUCUUGGCAGAUGAUGGCACCAGUGGGAGCUCAGGAAUUGGAGAAACUGGACAGAGCUCUCAGCACGAUGCAUCAGAACCAGAUGGUUUUGGGUGUAGCAAUCAGAAGACACUUCCGAGCUUGCACUGCUGCUAUGGUUGGACGGAAGAUUGGCGUUGGCUGGUGUGCAUAUGGACUGAUUCCAGGGGAGAAUUACUUGACAGCUAUAUUUAUCCCUUUGGAGGAAUAAGUAGUAGGCAGGAUACCAAGGGCUUACAGUCUCUUUUUGUCCAAAUUAUACAACAAGGAUGUCGAAUACUUCAGGCUUGUUCAUCUGAUGGUGGCAAGCCUAGAGAUUUUGUUAUUGCACGUAUUGGGUGUUUCUUUGAGCUUGAGAGCCAAGAAUGGCAGAAAGCUCUUUAUUCAAUUGGGGGCCCAGAGAUGAAGAAGUGGUCUCUACAACUGAGAAGGUCGGUCCCUGAUGGAAUGACCCCGAGUAGCAACGGGGGUUCAAUGCAGCAACAAGACAUGAGCAGUCUGUUGCAAGAAAGGACACUACCUUCUUCACCUAGCCCUUUGUACAGUCCACACACAAAGUCCUCUGCAUUUAUGAAGAGUAGUCUUGGACAGACUUCGAGCCGAAAGCAGCUUAUGGGUGGUGGAGUGGACAGUUCUAGAGGUUUGCUUCAGUGGGUGCAAAGUAUCAGUUUUGUUUCUGUGUCAGUUGAUCACUCCCUACAGCUGGUGUUCCAGGCAGAUUCAAUCACUGCUGGAUCCACUCAAAUUAAUGGCUUCCCAAACCCGCCAAACUAUCUUGAGGGUUAUACUCCCGUAAGAUCCCUUGGGUCGGCAUCUGCUUGUUAUAUGUUCAUUCCAUCGCCCAGCAUCCGUUUCCUCCCUCCUGCACCUCUUCAAUUGCCAACAUGCCUAACUGCUGAGUCCCCACCUUUAGCUCAUCUGUUACACAGCAAAGGCUCUGCUAUUCCACUUUGUACCGGUUUUGCAGUCUCAAAAGCCGUUCCUUCUAUGAGGAAAGAUUCGAGGAGUCUCAUCUCAAAAGAAGAAUGGCCAUCCGUGCUUUCUAUUAGUCUUGUUGAUUACUAUGGGGGCAGUAACGUCGCCCAAGAGAGAAUGGUCAAGGGUAUAGGAAAAGCAGGAGGAAGGGCUGGUUUAAGUAGCUCAUCAGAAUCCCGAGAUUUUGAACAGGAGACGCAUUUGGUUCUGGAAACUGUAUCGGCAGAGCUUCAUGCAUUGUCAUGGAUGACGGUUAGUCCUGCGUAUUUGGAGAGGAGAACUGCAUUGCCUUUCCAUUGUGAUAUGGUUUUGAGACUCAGAAGGCUUCUUCACUUUGCUGAUAAAGAGCUGUCACGACAACCUGAGCAGCCACAAUCAUAG